UCCACUUUGGGGAUGCUCCAGAAUUUACAUGGAGCAUUGUGGCAGCAGGGGACCAAAGAGGGGGAAGGAAUGGAAAAAGUGAAAGGAAAGAAAAGACAGAAAGUCCACAUGGUUGGGAGGAAGGUCAGUUUCUCUGGGUUAAUAGUUCAGCCUUUGGAGGCCCCUGGGUGUUGAGCCCGUGGCUGUGGGGAGGUGAAGGGCCAUGCAGCCUGGACAUGGCUGUGUUUUUCCAUCCCAGACAAAGUGGACAGUACACCGUCUGGGUCAUAGAGAGAGACAAGCCACCUGUUGCCUUCUUCUCUACUGACACGCUGCAGCGCAUCACAGGCUGGGCAGUGGUCCACCUCACCAUGGGAACGAGUGGAGGAUCACCUUUUCGGAUCUCAACCAGCUACGAUCAGCGAAUCCCUCAUGAUGAUACUGCUACCAUUGAACCUCACUUCACCACCAAUUGCACCAUGACUUCCUCACCUGGCCCAAACAUCACCCUAGAGGGACAGUACCACUGUUACCAGGGCCCAGCAAUCCCUCUGGACAAACUCUGUGACUUCAGUGCAGACUGUCCACGCAAAGACGAUGAAGGAAACCUCUGCGGGCGCUUUCUUAAUGGUAGCUACUGCUCUUUUGAAGAGGGCGAUUGCAGCUGGCAGUCAGUUCCAGGCCGCAGUCUUUCCUGGAGAAGAUCUCCAUUCAAAGGAAGCAGACAGAGCUGCCCCUCAUCAGGGGCAACAUUCACAACUGAGAGAAGCCAGUCCAAAGGUCAGCGUAGCUCAGCGCUGCUGAAGAGCCCACUCUUCCCUCCUCCUCUGAGAAACUCUCCAUGCACGGUGAGGUUCUGGUUCUGCUCUGGAGGCUCACAGAGGGAUUCAUUAUCCCUGUGGAUAGUGGAGAACAGCACAGGCCCAGACGAGCAGCGCAGGCUGUGGCACUCAGCCAGCGAGCCCCGAUCCGAAAGAGGCUGGAGGCUCAUCACACUUCCUCUUUACGGGCUGGCAGACUGGUUUUGGCUCCAGUUCAGUGCAGAAGAUGGAGCUGGACCCGGUUCAGCCAGUUCCGUCGACAACAUCUCUUUCAGCAUGGACUGUUUCCUGGCAUCCAAUGGGGAGUUUCCACCAGUGGCCACCAGUAUAACUCAGCUCCCAUUAAGACCUACCGACAAGACUCCUUUGCCUUCCAUCAAAAGCCCUCCUAUGAACCAUGACACAAUUGUUGACACUGAACCCAAGAAAUGGAUUUUUCACACCUGUGGGGCUGUGGGUCCUGAGGGCCCGACUCCCACUCAGUGCCUCAACUCCUACAGGAGCAGCAACAUCAACGUGACGGUCGGCACCCACAGGCCUUUCAAAGGCAUUCAAAUGUGGCGGGUCCCUGAAACUGGCACCUACAGGAUCACCGCCUACGGUGCAGCUGGUGGGCGAAGCGUGAUGGCCAUGAGCAGAUCACAUGGUGUAUAUAUAACGGGAGACUUUCAGCUCAGGAGAGGGGAGCUACUUUAUAUCCUGGUGGGACAACAAGGAGAAGAUGCCUGCCCCAAUUCCAACAUCAUGCUGAAUAAGAUCUGCUUGGAGCAGAGUGGCCCUAUGGUGAACAGAACCCAAGUGAAAGGAGGUGGAGGAGGAGGCGGUGGAGCAACAUAUGUGUUCAAGGUGGACAGAGCAGUUUACAUCCCUCUCAUCAUCGCUGCUGGUGGAGGCGGCCGCGGCUACAGCAGCCAAUCAAAAACCCAGCUGGAGCAGAUGGACUUUGACCCCAGCAUACCGGGACGCAAUGGGAAAUCUCACGCUUCAGGUGGAGGCGGAGGUUGGAUUGACAGUACUCCUAUCAGCAAGGGUGGCCGACCCCUGGUGUUGGGGGGCCAGGGAGGGCAGGCCUGUCAGAAGUUCUGGCAGACCCGCGGUGGCUUUGGGGGCGGAGGAGGUGGAUGUGUGUCAGGAGGUGGCGGCGGAGGCUACAGAGGAGGGAACACAUCGCUAGAUGAUGACCCCAGAGCCGAUGGGGAUGACGGGACAUCGUUCUUUGGUCCAGAUGGAGAGCCAUAUGUUUAUCCUCUGAAAGCCAUGGAGGGAGAUGGAGAAGUCAUCAUUAGCCCUGUUCAGAACUGCAGCCACUGUAAAAGCGGUGAAUGCCAUGAGAACAGCGAUGGCAUCAUCUGUUACUGCGACGAAGACCUCGUCCUGGCCAAAGACGGAGUGUCCUGUAUUAACGCCUCAGAGGCGUCCCCGCUGUCUCCACAGCCGUCUCUUUCCCACCUGGCCUUGGGUCUGUCUGUGGGCACGUCAGCACUCAUCGCCGCCCUGCUGCUGGUUGUUUCUGGAGUCAUGAUAAUGUACAGGCGUAAACACACGGAGCUGCAGUCCAUUCAGCUGGAGCUGCAGAGUCCAGACUGUAAACUCAGCAAGCUGCGAGCCUCCACCAUCAUGACGGACUACAACCCCAACUACUGCUUCGCAGGGAAGACGGCAACAGUUAGCGACUUGAAGGAGGUGCCACGGCGCAACAUUUCCCUCACUAGGGGUCUGGGUCAUGGUGCAUUUGGGGAGGUCUAUGAAGGUCUGGCAGUAGGAAUACCAGGUGAACCGAGCCCACUGCAGGUGGCUGUAAAGACGCUUCCUGAGGUUUGCUCUGAGCAAGAUGAGCUGGACUUCCUGAUGGAGGCUUUGAUUAUCAGUAAAUUCAACCACCAGAACAUUGUGCGCUGCGUCGGAGUGAGUCUGCAGGCCAUGCCCCGGUUCAUCCUGCUGGAGCUGAUGACUGGAGGAGACCUCAAGAGUUUCCUGAGGGAGACCAGACCCCGGCUGGACCAGCCGUCCAGUUUGACCAUGAUAGACCUUCUCAACGUGGCCAGAGACAUAGCUAAGGGCUGCCAGUAUCUGGAGGAGAACCAGUUUAUACACAGGGACAUUGCAGCUCGGAACUGUCUUUUGACCUGCAAAGGACCGGGACGUGUGGCCAAGAUCGGAGACUUCGGGAUGGCUCGGGACAUUUACAGGGCGAGCUAUUACAGAAAGGGUGGGCGAGCCAUGUUACCAGUGAAAUGGAUGCCACCUGAGGCCUUCAUGGAGGGCAUCUUCACUUCUAAAACGGACACAUGGUCAUUUGGUGUGCUGCUGUGGGAGAUCUUCUCUUUGGGCUACAUGCCGUAUCCAAGUCGCAGCAACCAGGAAGUCUUGGAGUUUGUUACCAAUGGUGGGAGAAUGGACCCGCCUAAAAACUGUCCUGGGCCAGUGUACCGGAUUAUGACCCAGAGCUGGCAGCAUCAGCCUGAAGAUAGACCGAACUUCUCUACUAUUCUGGAGAGACUUGACUACUGCUUACAGGACCCUGAUGUUGUGACCAUGACUCUGCCUAUUGAGUAUGGGCCCAUUCCUGAGGAGGAGGAGCAAGCUGCAACGCACCCCGAGGAACCCCUGGUUCUGCUGAAUGCACAGGUGCCUGAUGGAGAACCUUUGCAGCAGCAGCAGCCCCCAUCCUACCCAGCAGAGGACCGGAGAGGAGGGGAGCAUACAGCUUUACCCGGGGCACCACCGCAGGCUAAAGUGCAGGCAUCUGUUCCGUCUCAGGCUUGCAUUCACCAGCCUCAAAUGCAGACCUCUGUGACGACAACUAACUCAGUCGCCACUACAGCUCCGUCGUCUCUCACUGCCAAGGGACCUCAUGCUACAGCCCAGCCAAGCUCAGAGGGGGGGCACAUUAACCUGGCUUUCACCCAGGGUCACCAACAGGAGAAGGACGCCCACGGUGGAAAAAACACCAGUCUGUGGAAUCCCACCUACGGCUCCUGGUUCCUGCAGCAGCAGAGGAAGCAGCAGCAGAGGCAGGGAGGGGUGGGAGGGCCUGGGGGCAGCGUGGGCAGGGUGCCCGGCGAGGGGCAGGAGCACGUUGGCCGGACAGUGGCCGAAGUGGCGGGCUCACUGGGUCUCCAGCACCAGCACAAGCAGUUUCAGCAUCAGCUGCAGCAGCAACACCAGCUACAGCUGCUGCACCAUCAACAGCAGCAGCAGGGUCUCUGCAGGCCGCUGCUGCCUCCCCCACCCCCUCCUGCUGCCCAGUCACCUCUGCUCCUAGAUUCAACAGCCUUGCCCCCAGUCCCCCUGUACCGACUGAGAAGAUUCCCCUGUGGGAACAUUGGAUAUGGCUACCAGGAACCAAGCCUGCCACUGGACAGCAACCCCCCUCUACCCCAGCAAGGCACCUCUGUACCAUCCUCUGCAGGCCACCAGAGAGGGGCCCCCAUGCCAACUUCGAUGACCCUGGGCCGCACAGGCAUGUCUGAGGACAGCCGGCCACUGCUCGUUACCAUGGGGACAGUGCAGGACACAAGGCUGCCCAGGAUGGAGGGCCACAAUGCCACUGUGCUUUAGCCCUGAGGCAUGAAUGUCCCUCAGUUUUGGUUCUUUUUAAUCUCAUGAUAGAACCCCUCUCUAAAAUGGGCCUUUCACAGGACACUAUCCUGGAGACCUUAAGCACAUAAAAAAAGCUUUGAGAGGUGGAAAAAGAAGAAAAUACAGAGUAAAAGAAUUUUAAGUCUUAAAAAUGUAUUUUUUCAAUGCAGAGAGUAAACCAAGGAAUCGUGUGAAGAGUUUGACUUCCUGUAUGUGUGUGGACAGAAGGACGGACGGACACUCUUUAUUUUACCAGCCGGAUACGUUUAAGGCAAGUUUUGGUGGCCCGUUGCCGCAGGAAGAAUUGCAGAACCAGAACCAUGGGGAGCACAGUACAGUCAAGGACUUAUCAGAAUAUUUUUCAAAAAUCUGAGACUGGAUUACCAGAAAAAUUUAUACUGGUAAAAACAAAAUCAACAACAAAAAAAAAAACACUGGAGGAUUUGAAAAAAAAAAAAGUGUUGAUGUCUUGCUUGCCUGCUUGUUUAUUUAUAAAUUCAUUUAUUUAUUAUUUGAAGGUGGCAGUAUAAUUUAUUGAUGAACACCUUUUCAAAUCCAAAACAUCUAUUUUAGUUGUUUUUUGGUUUGUUUUAUUUGCUUUCAUAUAUUUUAUCAGUGCAGAGCAAAAACAUACCCCCCACCCCCCCAAAAAUGUAACUCAGGUUACAAGAUUUGUUCUUUAAGGUGGAUUUAAAGAACAAGAAGCAGAUCUUCAGGAGUUCCACUCACAUCUCUUAGAAACUUCACUGUUAAUCUGUUAAAUAUUUGUUUUUUCUCUACAUAUUGAACCCAUUGUUGUUGAUGGAUUGAUCUUGUACUCUUAAUUUAAUCUCAGAUUUGUAUAUUUUAUCCCUUAUUCUAUCCCAGGAGACUGUUGUGGAAAAUGAAGGCGUGAAAAUGUAGCUUUUUGCUUCACAUGUGGACAAAACCCCAGUUUCGCUUCUAUUACCGACUCCGUCUGCUUCUCUCUGUUCUGAUUGGUUAUCGAUAUUGAAGUGAAAGACUAUUUUUAAUGCCUUUGCUUUGACGGUAUUUGGGCACAGGUCAGUCCACGAGCUGUCACCACGUUCUGUAUUUAAAGUUUUCUAUUGGCUUCUGAGUUACUUUGCCUCGUCUCCAGUGCCGCUGUUGAACCACUUUCACUCUGUGUUCCUCUUUUCACGGCUCACCUGUCGUUUGAUGUAGAAAACCCAACCGCAAAUGUAAAUGUUGUAGAAUUAUAAAGUAUUGUACUCUGGCUCUGGUAAAAGCUGUACAUUGCCCCUUCAGAAAACAUCCGCCAAAAUUAAUAAAUUACUAUAUAAAUGA